AUGGACAAUUUGUUAGUUUGCGUUUGCGUCUUAGCAAGUUUAAUUGGUAAAACAAAUACCUUAUUCGUUGACGGAUGUCCUAUCUGGGGUUGUCGACCAAGUGGAUCGUUUUCACUCUACCUCAAGGUUCCAAGAGAAAAUGCGUCCAUCAGCUGGAUCAGCGAGUUGACGAUGGACCCCGUGCCAAACCCGCUCGGCUGUGUUGCUGAUAGUGUCAACAUUGUGUGCCAAUCAAACGGGCCGUUUAAAGAAGACAAAGGCUACGUAAGCCUAUUUGUUCAGAAUGGAACGGUCCAUUGGCGUGAUCGCGUGCUACACUUUCCGACACUUCCUCUCCUCGACAACUAUGGUGACGUCACAGGGUCCGACGGGAGAAACCUCGUUCACUACGACGCCGACGGUAAAACUUAUCCAAUCAUAAAUUGUUGCGGCUUGGUACCCACGUUUAGUAUGCAGUUGGUUGGAACUCAGUACCUUUUACUCUUUGGCGAACAAGGUGGUUUGGUUGUGCGUGAAACAGAUGCAAUUCCGGUAGCUGUGAUAUUUCUACACGACACAAUUCAGAAUACAAAUGGUACUUUUCUACCUAUAUCCCAGCCUGUAGUGAGUGGUCAAAGGUUUUAUUUACUGACUGAAUUUGUGCCAGAAAAAGAUUCGUAUGACCCGACGGUUCUAAAUCUUCAAAGACUUUAUGCAAUUGAUGUACACACUCGACUAGCAAACAUUAUGACUGUUGCAUGGUUCUACAAUUUUGAAAUGGAGGACCAGAAUCUCAAAUUCGAAAGAGCAAAUAACAACAAAAGUAGGAUUGUCAAAAGGAAGGAGCACCUCAAGCGUAUUACCGACAACCUUAACUCAAAACAGAACUUGAUGUGGGAUUAUUCUUCAAACAGCGUGUUUGUGACAUUGCCACCUCCGUACAUGUCUACGUCGAAAUCGCUCAACACAUUCUGGAUUUUCCAGGACAUGAACGAUACGAUAAAGCGCACGUUCCACUCCGACUCUCUACACGUCACCCACAUGGCAACAUUUGAACCAGAUUCCUACAUGUCUCCAGACACCUCUGGUGGGAAUGCGUACAUUUGGGUAUCUACUGAAGAUGGGAUGUUACUAAAAUUAGAAGCAAACGGGGUGGUGGAUCAAUGUAUUGACCUUAACAAACUUUGUAAUGCAAGCGUCGAAAUAAGUACCAAGAUAAUGCUUACACGAGAGGAAGAUGGGUCUGAUGAUGUGAUCGUUAUGGGUGUGCAAUGCCCUUCUGGUACUAAAAGUAAUAACUAUAUUAUUGCAAUUCUAAAUGAUGGACAGGGAGCCAGUAGUUUAUUGUGGAAGUUUCCCGUGCCAAAUAACAUGCAACCCAAGGGACAGUUAUGUGCCUCGAGGGGAGCAGACUUACAAAUCAAGGACCAGAUGAUAUUCUAUGCAGAGGAAAGUGGGCAGUCCGCGAAAAUAAUCAGUAUCCAUUGAUAUAGAUUUACAUACAAGUCGUAAUUAUUCAUAUUAUCAUUAUUUUAUUGUGGUUCUGUUUC